AUGGGCAAGAAAGACUACAAAGGAACCAUCCUUGAUGGAAGAGACUCCUUUGACAGCUGGAAGAUGGAUCUUGAAGAUAACUUGUUGAGUGACGAUCUUAUGAGCUGCGUCACCGGUAAGGCAACAGCGGAAUCAUCAGAUUUAUCAACGCCAGGAGAGAAUGCUGCGGACAUUAAAAAUGUCUCUCUUGCGAGAAUGAAAAUACGACAGAGUAUUGACCAGAUCCACAAGAACUCAGUCAACCAUCUCACCGAUCCACGAGCAAUUUAUCAAUCCCUCGUUAAGCGAUAUGCGACAUCGAACAAAGCGCGCCUUCGACAGCUGAUCCGAAUGCUAUACGACGUUAGUACGCAGACGAAUAGAACUGUGCAGGAGAAGGUCGACGACCUAAAGCGACUUCGAGCUCAGAUUAAUAGCCAAGAUGUCGGUAGGUCUCUACACAGGCCUGCGUGCAAAUCGCAAUGGUAUGUGUAA